AUGUCCUUGGAUGCCCUGCCCAACGAGAUCCACAAAAUCAUCCUGACACAUCUCACGUCGAACGACCUUGUCUCGCUAAGCAGGACAACGCGCAAUUUCAACUUCAUCGCAGUUCCAAUUCUGUACCAACAUACUUUGCUUGACUUCUCUCUCGGUGACGAAGACUCUUCUACCGCGGACGACAAUGAUAUCGCGCUAUCUGCUCUUCUGGGGCUUGUCGCCGAUACGCAGGGACAGUGUCGACAUGUGAAGAGACUAAGUGUUCGAAGCAGAGAAGAGCAAAAUGAGGCGUCAGGGGCCCAGGAGGAGGGGUUUUCCAAUGAUCAUGACGAGACCAAAUCAGCAAUCACCUCCCUUCUCGAAGCCGCGCUGCAGAAUAUGAGCCAUAUUUCUCACCUUGAUUGGUAUUCUAUCUUCAGCACUCCAGAAGCUGUAUUCGCUGCCCUCAAGGCUCCACUCGAAUCCCUGCACUGCAGCGCCGCCUGGCUAGGCAAAAGCCCAAAUAUUGAUUUCGACGGGACAGCUGCCCUGAAGUCACUUAUCUCACUAUCCACAGUAGACAUGGCAGAGGGUGAAAUGCCGCCUCUCCUCCUAACGAUGCUCUCCCAGGAUUUGGUGCAUUUGAAGAGUCUCAAACUUCAGUAUCUACGCCCAACUGAUGGCAGCCACACGACAUCCGAAUGUCCAUUCGAAACUCUGGCCAAAGAUCUAAAUUCCGCGGGGAAGCACAUCAAUCUCACCAUCCUCUCCCUCUCCUUUCCACGGGCACCAACCAGCACCACCUGGCUCAAAUCCCUGAUUUCCCCAUCCCUAAUGGACUUCACGUACCACAUGCACGCCCCCAAUGGCGAAAGAACAGACUUGGCCGGAGACCAAAUGCACAACGAACUUUUUGCAUACCUACACGCCCACACACAAAACCAAGGCAUCGAACUAAAAGCCCUACAGACAAACACCUUCCCUCCCUCCCUCACAUCCCUCAUCGAAUCCUCGCGCAGCCUCGAAACGCUCAUCCUAACAUACCAACCUCCCUCCUUCUGCGGCGACGCAAUCAACCUCUCGGGCCACUUCAGAUCACUCAGGUCUCUCUGUCUCCCCCACGCAGACCGCAUCUUCUACGACGACGACAUAAUCAGGCUCUACGGUACAGACUCGUUCGGGUAUCUACAGGUCAUCAUCGAUAACUGUCCGCAUCUCGAAGAGUUGGCGAUGAAUGAAUCCCUCUUCGAGACUCUCUGCGCCGCACCCGCACUCAAGCGCCUCUUUAUUCUUCUCUACAGAGAUUCACCCUGGGACCUGCAAUUGCCUGCCGGCCAUCUCCUCCGUGAGAUGCUAUCCUACUACAACGGUAAUCCAUCGCCGUUCUUUGAGCGUUUGGAGUUGUUUGGUUGUUUUCGGAGUUUAUGGACGUUCGAGCACACGAUGGAUCUUACCCCCGAGGAAGUGGAGGAGAUGGAGUAUGAGCUUGGUUAUGAGACUGUAAGCGAUGACGAGCUCGCAGAUCUGGGGAUUGCUGUUGAGAGGGGAGAUUUGGGAAUAUCGUCGCCGGGUAGUAAGCGCGAGGAUGCGCGUAAAGAUCAAGGCGAAGGCGAAGACGAAGACGACGAAGACGUGGACAUGGGCUUCGACCUCUUCGACGCCAUCGAGCCCCCGCCCAGACCUCCACCAUCCCAGCCCAAAAACGAAUAUACGUACCCCUCCAGAUUCACCCCCGCACCACUGGUCCCCGUCCUCCGCGACACCGACGCGCAUAUCAUCAUGCCAUGGCACCUCCUCGACGAACCCUUCUGCUACACGUGGGAACGGGCGAUCUCUGGGUACUACAAGGUUCCGCUGCGGGUGGGCUGGGAUGAUGCGAGGUUUUUGGAUGAGAGGAUGGUGGAGGCUGUGCGGGGGAUUGUGGAGCGGUAUCAGUGGGCGGAUCCGGCGAAUACUAGGGGGUUGGAGGAUGAGUGGAGGCGGGCGACGACGCAGACGAGGCGGUGGGGUUGA